AUGCAGUCGAUUUCCCCCGUAUAUUCGUCCGCCACCGACAAGCGGUACUCUCCCCCAUGGGCGGAUUUGAGUAUCAUCGGUAUCGCAGGCAGCUCCGGGUCUGGCAAGACCUCGGUGGCCAUGGAGAUUGUCAAGUCUCUGAAUCUUCCCUGGGUUGUGAUUCUCGUAAUGGACUCGUUCUACAAGAGUUUGUCCCCGGAGGAUCAUGCCAGAGCCCACCGGAAUGAAUAUGAUUUUGACUGUCCGGAUUCCUUGGACUUUGAUGUGCUGGUGCAAACCUUGAGGGAUCUUAAGCAGGGAAAGAAAGCAGAUAUCCCCAUCUACUCGUUUGCAGAACACCAGCGCCAGUCACAGACUAGCACGCUGUAUUCUCCGCGUGUGUUGAUCUUGGAGGUCCUGCGCGAUGUUCGCGAGAGAGGCAGAGACGUUGAAGGUAUUGUCAAGCAGUGGUUCACCUACGUGAAGCCAUCAUACAAGCAAUAUGUUGAGCCCCAGCGAGCUGUAUCAGACAUGGUGGUGCAACAUAUCCAGCGCAAGCUCGACGACAAAUCAGAAAAGCACAAUGCAGAGCUAAACCGACUCGGACUCAUCGCAUCAGAGGAGAAACUAUCCUCCAACGUCAUGAUGAUGCCCCAGACAACGCAGUUCAUCGGCAUGAACACCAUCCUCCAGGACCCCAAUACGGAACAAGUCGACUUUGUGUUCUACUUUGACCGACUUGCCGCGUUGCUGAUCGAGAAGGCCUUGGACGCCACCAACUACGUGCCACAAGAAGUGGACACUCCCCAAUCGACCAGCUACAACGGCCUCAACCAAGCGGGCGUCGUCUCUGCCGUGGCAAUCCUGCGCGGAGGUUCCUGCCUUGAAACCGCACUCAAGCGAACCAUCCCCGACUGCAUCACGGGCCGUGUUCUCAUCCAGACGAACGAAAAGAACGAAGAGCCCGAGCUUCACUACCUGAAGCUACCGCCCAACAUCGAGAACCACGAAAACGUCAUGCUCCUCGACCCCCAGAUGUCCAGUGGCGGCGCUGCGCUCAUGGCAGUCCGUGUCCUGAUCGACCACGGCGUUCAAGAAGAGAAGAUCAUCUUUGUGACUUCGGACCCCCGCUUCGCCAACAUCCAAACGGACCCGCGCUACCGCCUCCCCAGCAAACGUCAAACGCAUGUGAAACUCGACAAGCGGUUCGCGCACAUGCUGCGCGACAAGGACUUCUCGCGGAAUGCGGCGGUGGAUCGCUACGGGCGGAAGUUGGCGCGGGAUGAUACGAAGAAGCAGCUGGAGCGGUUUUAUCAGUUGGAUGAGGAAGCCAAAGAUGAUGAGGAAGAUGAGGAAGGGGAUGAGGAUGAGCUCGAGGACGCGAGUGUUGCGGAUGAUGAGGAAGUGUUGAGGGAGUUGAAGAAAGCGGAGGGGUAUGAUCCUGCGCGCGAUGGGGGGUUUGAUGAGUCGUCGUCUUCGGAGGAGGAGAGUUCCGAUGAGGAUGAAGAUGCAGAGGAGGAGUUCGAAGGGUUUGGCGAAGAGGAGUUGGAGUAUCCGGAUAAGCAACGGGCGGAGGUACCGACGGGAGAGGUGACGGAUCGGAUUGCGGUGGUGAAUUUGGAUUGGGAUAAUAUCCGGGCGGAGGAUCUGAUGGCGGUGUUUUCGAGUUUUGCGCCGGCUGGGGGACGGGUGUUGAAGGUGGCGGUGUAUCCGAGUGAGUUUGGCAAGGAGAGGAUGGAACGGGAGGAGACGGAGGGACCGCCGAGGGAGAUUUUUGCGUCGAAGAAGGAUGACGAGUUUGAUGAGGAAGACGAGUUGGAUUCUGAUGAAGAGGAGGAGAAUAUCAAGAAAUCCAUCUUGAAGGAGGACAAGGGCGAGGAGUUCAACUCGACACAGUUGCGCAAGUACCAGUUGGAGCGACUACGUUACUUCUACGCGAUCUUGACGUUCUCGUCCCGGGACGUGGCCAAGCACGUCUACGAUCUCGUCGACGGUGCCGAGUACCUGUCCAGCGCGAACUUCUUCGACCUCCGCUUCGUGCCCGAGGACACCGACUUCUCGGAUGACGUGCCUCGCGACGAAUGCAAGCGCAUUCCCGACGGCUACCAGCCUAACGAAUUCGUCACCGACGCGCUGCAACACAGCAAGGUCAAGCUGACCUGGGACAUGGAGGACAAGUCGCGCAAGGAAGCCCAGGCGCGGGCCUUCCGGGGAAGCCGAAAGGAGAUCGACGAGAACGACCUGAAGGCGUACCUCGCCAGCGACAGCUCCGACGACGAAGAGGAAGAAGGCGGCGUAGAGAUCGUCGACACCACGCAAGGCGACGGCGAAAGCUCCAAGAUCUCUAAAAAAGAAGACGAGCGCCAGCGUCUCCGAGCCCUCCUCGGCCUCGGCGCAGAGCCCAAGCCAUCCUCCAAAUCUGACGGCCCUGUCGGCGAAAUGGAAGUCACCUUCACGUCCGGUCUCGCCGGCGGACCCAACCGCGACAGCAUCUUCGAAAACGAGCCGGAGAAAGACGAAACCACAAUCGAGAAGUACAUCCGGAAGGAACGCGAGCGCAAGAAGCGCAGAAAGGAGAAACUGAAGGCCUCCAAGCGCGGCGAAGACGGCGAUGUCUCCCAAGACGACGCCCCCGCCACCACCGACCUCGCCAACUCAAAGCCCCAGCAGGAAGAAGAAGAAGAAGACCUAGGCUUCAACGACCCCUUCUUCGACGACCCGAGCGGCAAAACCGCUGCCGCCGCCCGCCGCAAGGAAGAAAAGCGCAAGAAGCGGGAAGAGCGCGCGGCCGAAGAAGCCGCCGCGGCGUCCAAGCGAGCGGAGCUGGAGCUGCUCAUGAUGGACGACAACAACAAGCCGGGCAUCAAGCACUUCGAUAUGAACGAGAUCGAAAAGGCGGAGAAGCAAGCGCGGAAGAAGAACAAGAAGGGCAAGAAUAAGGGUAAGCAGGUCGAGGCCCCGGUGGAUGACUUUGAGAUGGAAGUUGCGGAUCCUCGUUUCGCUCGGCUGUAUGAGAGUCAUGAGUUCGCGAUUGAUCCCACGAACCCUCGGUUUAAGUCGACGUCCGGUAUGAAGGCGUUGUUGGAAGAGGGUCGGAAGCGGCGGAGGGAUCGGGAUGAUGGGGCGGAUGAGGAGGUGGAGUCUCGGGAUCAGAAGAAGAAGCAGAAGAAGAAUGUCGCCAAGGAGGGUGGCUCGGAUGAUUUGAAGAAGUUGGUGGAGAAGGUGAAGCGGAAGACGCAGCGGAGCUGA